GAGAUGAAAAUCCACUUUAAAGGCCGCUGUAUCAUUGCCGCUUCCCAGCAGUCCGCUUCCGAAAAGAAGCCCUUUCAUUACCCUAUUGCAUCUCUUCACUCUCUCGCCUUGUUUCCUUUGUCAUCUCCUUCUCAGCAUAUAUGAGGUCAUGAUUCUCAGCCAAACCCAGUCAAUUGCAGAAUCCCCCUAGUGGUUUUUCAAUUGCAAAAAUGGAGGGAUUGGUUUCCCUGAAAGCGACUCCUAGAAUUUCCUUUCAAUCAGUUCCUUCCUUUAAUCACCGUCCUAAUUUCUUCAUCCGCCGCUCCACAAUGAACCUUCCUCUCCGCCGCUCCAAUUUUCCUGGCCUUCGAGCCCAACAGUCGGAGACCAUAUCCCCGAAAAGGGGAGAGGAGGAAGAUGCGUUGAAAGUGAAGGAAUGGGAAGUUGGAAUGUUCCAAAACGAAGUCGCUGCGAGUCAAGGCAUAAGAAUAAGGCGAAGACCGCCUACGGGUCCACCGUUGCAUUACGUGGGUCCCUUCGAGUUCCGUUUGCAAAACGAGGGUAACACUCCUCGCAAUAUUCUUGAAGAAAUCAUUUGGCACAAAGACGUGGAAGUUUCCCAAAUGAAAGAGAAGAAGCCUCUGGCUUCAUUGAAGAAGUUUGUCGAGAAUGCAGCACCCACUAGGGACUUCGUCGGAGCUCUUAAGGCGGCGCAUUCACGGACUGGGUUGCCUGGUUUGAUUGCUGAAGUUAAGAAGGCUUCGCCUAGCAGAGGAAUUCUCAGAGAGGAUUUUGAUCCAGUUGAGAUUGCUAGGGCAUAUGAGAAGGGUGGAGCUGCAUGCCUUAGUGUUUUGACUGAUGAAAAGUACUUUAAGGGAAGCUUUAAAAAUUUGGAGGCAAUAAGGAGUGCUGGAGUAAAGUGCCCUUUGCUUUGCAAAGAAUUUGUGAUAGAUGCAUGGCAGAUCUAUUAUGCUCGAAUUAAGGGAGCAGAUGCAAUACUUUUAAUUGCUGCUGUUUUGCCUGAUCUUGACAUCAGAUACAUGGUUAAAAUCUGCAAGAUGCUUGGUUUGGCAGCGCUUGUAGAGGUGCACGAUGAGAGGGAAAUGGAUCGCGUUCUUGGUAUCAAAGGGAUUGAACUUAUUGGUAUCAAUAAUCGUAACCUUGAGACAUUUGAGGUAGAUAUCAGUAACACAAAGAAGCUUCUUGAAGGAGAGCGUGGCCAAAUGAUCCGUCAGAAAGAUAUAAUAGUCGUAGGAGAAUCUGCGCUGUUUACUCCGGAUGAUGUUGCUUAUGUACAAGAAGCUGGUGUUAAAGCAGUUUUGGUUGGGGAGUCACUAGUGAAGCAAAGCGACCCUGGAAAGGGAAUAACUGGGCUUUUUGGUAAAGACAUUUCUUUGUGACUUCGUAAUAGAAAGUUGGAUAAGCGUAUAGUCGACUCUGGGGCGUGCGACGUGCCUUCAUGGUCGUGUGCAUCACUCCUAUGAUUGUUUUUUAUCUUUC